AUGUUUAAAAUUAAAUCAUUAUUAUUUUUUUCACUCUUGGUUUUAGGCUGUUUAAUGAUCAAAGGGUCAUCAGCCCACUCUUGUUGUAAUUUAUUUUCUGGAAAUGACUACUAUGAAUUUAGUGCAUUAGCAAAUAAAGAUUCUUGGUCUAUCUUGGGUUCCGAUAAUUUCUACUAUUACUUUAAUAUAUGUGCUGCUUCAGCCAAGUGUGCAGUAACAGGUACAAAUAGCGCUACAAUGGUGUUAAAGGUGGUUCAAUUAAAUACUAUGAUGGAGAUGUGUCCAAAUGGAACUGUUAGAUCCACUGAGAUUAUGAUGUUGUGUGGAACUGGAAAUACUCAGGUAUUAAGUGUUGAAGGUGUAUCUUAUUGUCAAUACUUAAUUAAAAUGAGCAGCCCAUUGGCAUGUCCAAUUUCCAACCCAAACACAACUUCAACUACUUGUAGUGGGGCCGGUCGUAUCUACACAGGCGGUUCUCUCUAUCAAUUAUUUUAUAAUCAUGUGACUGUAUUUGAAGAUGCUGAUUCUCCAACAAAGCUUCUCACUGUUUGUAAAUCACAUUCUAUUUUAGCAUUAUCAAGACAAUCUAUACUUUUGUUGGUUUUGAAAACUAAAAUUCUGUCUUAG